CUCUCUCUCCAAUAAAAACUACCACAUAAACACAGAGCCUUCACAUACUUCUUCAGCCUCAAAAAGAUUUCAUCAUAUUCCGCAGAAUCUUCUCCCAAAUACCCAUUAUUUUUCUUUCAGGCUUCCCCCCCCCCCCCCCCCCCCCCCCCUCUCUCUCUCUCUCUCUCUUGCAAGUUGCCUUGCAACUGAAAGCAAGGCCACGCAUCAUGUGUGUGCAAGAUUCAGAGCAAGUUACGGCAAUGGAAAAUCGGGAGCUCUCUGACCACAGUGACCAUCACAAAACCUGUUCUUUGCACUCUGAAUUGCAGCAUUCCCAGAUGGAGAAUGUGGAAAAAAACACUUCUUGUGACCUUUUUGGUCCCAAUUCACUUCCUCUGGAAAGCAUUUGUGAGGAUGGAGCAGUUGUAGAAAGAAGACAUAUUCCGUUAAAUAACUUCAUCCCUGCUCUUAGGUCUGGAGAGUGGUCUGAUAUUGGAGGCCGUUCUGAUAUGGAGGAUACUCAUGUAUGCAUCACUGACCUAGCAAAGAAUUAUGGUUAUACCUCCGGUGAGGAAGCAAUCUCCUUCUAUGGUGUGUUUGAUGGACAUGGGGGCAAGGGGGCAGCACAAUUUGUCCGUGACCACUUACCCAGGGUCAUUGUUGAGGAUGCUGAUUUCCCUUUAGAACUUGAGAAAGUGGUCAGAAGGUCAUUCAUGGAAACCGAUGCUGCCUUUGCAAAGUCAUGCUUUCUUGAGUCUACCCAAUCUUCUGGCACAACUGCACUCGCUGCAAUGAUAUUUGGGAGAUCUUUGCUUGUGGCAAAUGCUGGAGAUUGUCGGGCCGUACUGUCUCGACGAGGAAUUGCCUUAGAGAUGUCGAAAGAUCACAGGCCUUGCUGUGAUAAUGAAAGGAUGAGGAUUGAGUCACUGGGGGGAUAUAUUGAUGAUGGUUAUUUGAAUGGUCAGUUGGGUGUAACCCGUGCUCUUGGUGAUUGGCAUAUUAAAGGACUGAAGGAAACUAGUGGAAGGGGUGGACCCUUGAUUGCUGAACCAGAACUUAAGUUGGUGACACUAACAAAAGAAGAUGAAUUCUUGAUAAUUGGGAGUGAUGGUAUGUGGGAUGUAUUUCGAAGCCAAAAUGCUGUGGACUUUGCCCGGAGGAAACUCCAGGAGCACAAUGAUGUGAAGCUCUGCUGCAAGCAUAUAGUAGAGGAAGCAGUAAAACGAGAAGCAACUGACAACCUGACAGUUGUGAUGGUAUGUUUCCACUUGGAACCGCCUCCCCAAGUCGUGGUGCAAAGGCCAAGAGUCAAAAGGAGCAUUUCUGCAGAGGGGCUUCAAAAUCUCAAGUUUUUGCUAGAAGGGUAGAACAAGAUCGAUCAUAUUUAUUUGUUCAUUUAAAGUUCAGUUUUCAAUUGGCAGGCAAAGCUAAAUGGUAGUCAAUAAGAAUUCUUAGUCACGAUGAUGAUGAUAAUCGCCUCUUUUCAAGAGUGCUGUUGUACAUAGUUACUUAUCACAAGCACUGAACUUGGCUAUCAAGAGAAUGGGAGAAACAAGAAGAAUUUUUUGGAUGGGGAAUUACUUCUCUAUCUGUUGGGCUGCAAACCUUAAUUUGUAAAAUGGAUACUCUGAUUUAUGGAAAUUGUGUGAAACUAUGAUUAACUGUUGGCCGUGUAUUUCA